ACGUCCCUGCGUCCCUUGGGGGUCUGGGAACAUGGCCAGAAGGGCUCUAAUGCUUGCUUCAUGGACCAGCGCGGCUCUGGCUGCCUCAGGCUUCUACCUCUACAGUAACAAGUACUUGGAUCCCAGUGACUUCGGCGCUGUCAGGGUGGGCAGAGCCGUUGCCACGACAGCUGUCAUCAGUUAUGACUAUCUCACGUCCCUGAGGAGUGUCCCCUAUGGUUCAGAGGAGUACUUGCAGCUUCGAUCCAAGGUGCACCUCCGUUCUGCCAGGCGUCUCUGUGAGCUGUGCUGUGCCAACCGGGGCACUUUCAUCAAGGUGGGCCAGCACCUGGGGGCCCUGGACUACCUGCUGCCGGAGGAGUACACCAGCACGCUGAAGGUGCUCCACAGCCAGGCCCCGCAGAGCAGCAUACAAGAGGUCCGCCAGGUCAUCCGUGAGGACCUGGGCCAGGAGAUUCAGGAUUUGUUUGUGAGCUUUGAUGACACCCCUCUGGGGGCCGCCUCCCUGGCCCAGGUCCACAAGGCGGUGCUGCGUGAUGGGCGGACGGUGGCCGUGAAGGUCCAGCAUCCAAAGGUUCAGGCUCAGAGUUCGAAGGACAUUCUUCUGAUGGAGGUGCUUGUCCUGGCUGUGAAGCAGCUGUUUCCAGAGUUUGAGUUCAUGUGGCUGGUGGAUGAAGCCAAGAAGAACCUGCCUUUGGAGCUGGAUUUCCUCAAUGAAGGGAGGAAUGCUGAGAAAGUGGCCCAAAUGCUCAAACACUUUGACUUCUUAAAGGUCCCCCGCAUCUACUGGGAGCUGUCCACCAAACGGGUCCUUCUGAUGGAGUUUGUGGACGGCGGCCAGGUCAAUGACAGAGACUACAUGGAGAGGAACAAGAUUGACGUCAACGAGAUCUCAUGCCACCUGGGCAAGAUGUACAGCGAGAUGAUCUUUGUCAAUGGCUUCGUGCACUGUGACCCGCACCCCGGCAACGUGCUGGUACGGAAGCGCCCAGACACAGGGAAGGCGGAGAUCGUCCUGCUGGACCACGGGCUCUACCAGGUGCUCACAGACGAGUUCCGCCUGGAUUACUGCCACCUCUGGCAGUCGCUGAUCUGGACUGACAUGGAGAAGGUGAAGAAGUACAGCCAGCGCCUGGGAGCCGGGGAGCUCUACCCCUUGUUUGCCUGCAUGCUGACCGCCCGGUCUUGGGACUCAGUCAACAAGGGCAUUGGCCAAGCUUCGGUCACUGCCACAGAGGACGCAGAGAUCCGCAACAAUGCAGCCAGCUACCUCCCCCAGAUCAGCCAGCUCCUCAACCAUGUGCCUCGCCAGAUGCUGCUCAUCUUCAAGACCAACGACCUGCUCCGUGGCAUUGAGGUCGCCCUGGGCACCCGUGCCAGGGCCAGCUCCUUCCUCAGCAUGUCACGUUGCUGCAUCAGAGCGCUGGCUGCGCACAAGAAGAAGAACACCUGCUCGUUCUUCAGAAGGACCCAGAUCUCUUUCAGAGAGGCCUUCAGCUUAUGGCAAAUCAACCUUCAUGAACUCAUUCUGUGUGUGAAGGAGUUGAGGUUGGCCACCUGGGUCUUGGCCCUGCUUCGCCGGCUGUUGCCCACUUCAUACUGAGCGGACUUGCUGUCCCCUUUCCCUUUCCAGGGUGACUCUGUGGUGGGCAAGUGGACUUUCCACUCCUCACUCUUUUGUCAUGUCCCCAGCCAGGUACCCUGUUUCUGUCACAUGGUAACCUGGAGCCCCACAGUCAUUGUCCAUGGCACCAUUACACUCCGCCUCCAGAAUCCCUCUCCUACACUGUAGGCCUUGUCUCAUAGGCUAUGCAAGCUGUCCUAUGCAAGAGGUUGCUCUCCUUAUCCAGGGAGACGGCAUAAAC